GAUACUAUUACCAGAAGCUUCUCUGGUGAGAUUUUCCAACGAUUUCAUCUUUAUUUAGUUCGUUAUUGGCUACCAGAUAACGUCAUGAUAGUUUUAUUAUCAGACUCGUUGAAGGUCAGAGUUGAUGAAGAGAGAGCACGAUGGUAGUGGAGGUGGAGAGUUUCUUCGGUGUGUACAUGCUGUACUGUAUUAAUCCUAAAUUUAAAGGACGGAUUUAUAUCGGCUUCACGGUGAACCCUGAGCGGAGGAUCGGACAACACAACGCCGGGAGACACCGAGGAGGAGCGAAGAGGACCAGCGGCAGAGGACCGUGGGAGAUGGUCCUCAUCAUACACGGCUUUCCCUCUGAUAUCGCCGCCCUGAGGUUUGAGUGGGCGUGGCAGCACCCUCACUCCUCCCGCCGUCUCUCCCACGUCUCGCGGAGCUCCAGGAAAGAGUCGAGCCUGCAGUUCCACUGGCGCGUCGUCUCCAACAUGCUGCGGGUGGCGCCGUGGAGCAGGCUGCCUCUGACGGCCCGCUGGCUCAAACAGGAGUACAGGAUGGACUUUGAGCCGGGCCUGCAGCCGCCGCUACACGUCCCCAUCGCUUUCGGGAGCGUGAGGGCCAAGAAGAAGAAGCAGCCGCCGCCGUCGUCUGGAGGAGAGGAGGAGGAGACGACGCGGUGUUCUCUCUGUCGGGGACGCGUCAAGGUGUCAGAGAAGCUGAGGUGUUUCCACCCGACCUGUUCGAUGAGCAGUCACGUUAUCUGCCUCGCCAAACACUUCCUCAAGUCGGAGGCGUCACACCUCAUCCCCGUGGAGGGGGAGUGUCCGUCAUGCCGGCGCUCCGUGCUGUGGGGGAGUCUCAUCCGACACCAACACGGCUGCCUCGGAGACCUGGAGGAGAUGGCACCGUCUGCGUCCCAGAGUCACUGGGCCGACGAGCUGCAGAUUUGAGGAAGUGGAAUCUGCAGACAAUGAACUUUUAUUUCCUUCCUGAUGAACUGUGGAGCACAGACACAUAAGUCACCCAACGUCGCUCUGGGAUCCUUCCACUGACUCUUUUUCAAAAAUGCUGAUCAUGAAGUUUUUUUUAAACUGUUUUAUUUAUGAAUUAUGUGUGAAAAAGAAACAUUUAAAUGUAUUUUGUUACAAAUAAAAAGAUUUGGUGUCA